AUGGGAGCCGGUGGGGUGGUCCUCCGCUUUUUCAAUCUAGGACUGCGUGUUCUACAGUUCCUCGAUGCCGCCGUCAUUCUUGGAAUUUUCUCCUACUUCCUGGCUGUCUUGUCCAGGAAUGACCAACAUAUCCCCACAUGGAUUAAGGCCGUUGAAGGCUUAGCAGGCGCAGCAACUGCCUAUGGCCUGCUAGGCAUCAUUUUCACCUGCUGUUUAGGCGGUGUGGCCUUCUUUGCGUUCCUAGGCGUUGCCCUGGAUGUGUGCUUCGUCGGCGCGAUGGUUGCUAUUGCCAUCCUGACUCGCGACGGUGUUGGGAAUUGUAACACUGGAACACUGGACACGCCAAUGGGCACAGGCAACGCUGAUGAUGAGACUGUUUCUAAGUCUCUGAAAUUCAGCAUGGCUUGCACACUGGAAAAGGUCGUCUUUGCAGUGGCGAUUAUCGGAAUCUUCUUCUUCUUGACCUCCAUCCUCUUCCAAAUACUUCUCGCCCGCCACCACAAGCGUGAGAAGCGUUUCGGUCCCUCCCCCACCAACGGCUAUACCCACGGUAGCCGCAAGGCCUUCUGGCGCCGUAAUAAGAACAGCCCUGAGGCCGUCGGCGGCGCUGAUGCCCUACCUGGCCACCCAACCCCUCGUGACCUCGAGAUGGACGGCGAGACUAAGACCGAGAAGGGUUGGUUCAGCACUUGGGGCAAGAAUAAGAACACUGCCAAUCCUCCGGUUGCUACACCGGCAACCGGUGCCUAUGGCUAUGGUAACUCGGCGUAUACUGGCAACAUCUAA